AAAAUAAACAAGAGGAAUAAUAAUAUUUACAUCGUAAUAUUGUCAAAUCUAUGAAUUUUCACAGUUUGGGUACAUUGGGAGCUUGGAAAUUAAGCAGCGUAUUUACACAUCGUUAGAGUUUUGUGAAUGUGAACCAUUUUAUGUGUUAUUCUUGUGAUUAGAUGGAAGAAUGUUCUAGGAAACUGUUCGACACAGUGCAGACCAUUGUUCCGAGUCCGAACGAGAAAAUGAAUUAACUCAAUAACUGUCAAGCUGAGACGAGUUUCCUGCUAAAGAAAGACAUUGAAGUUUCUCACAUAUGGUUUAAGUUCAUGUAUAAAGUCUACCAAAAUGGUGAGGACAUUCCAGAAGUAUUUGCCAAACAAAUGUCAUCGUACCUACAGCUGUAUUCACUGCAGAGCUCAUUUAGCUAUUCAUGAUGAAUUGAUAUCAAAAUCGUUUCAAGGAAGUCAAGGAAGAGCAUACCUAUUUAAUGAUGUAGUUAAUGUUGGUUGUGGGCCAGCUGAAGAAAGAGUCUUAUUAACUGGUCUCCAUGCAGUGGCUGACAUAUUCUGUGAAUGCUGCAAGACAACUUUGGGUUGGAAAUAUGAACAUGCUUUCGAGUCUAGUCAAAAAUACAAAGAGGGGAAGUAUAUCAUUGAAUUGGCCCACAUGAUAAAGGACAAUGGAUGGGAAUAGUUUCUUGAACAAUGUGAUUUUGUGUGAGUCAGGAAGGAAAAAAGACCUUAGUUUCAUCUUGCUAUGUGAAUUGAUUUGUUUCUAUGACUGCUUUAAAUGAUAAAUAUUUAUUGUUCAUGACUGAUCUAAGCUGAAAUGAUUAGAAACAUCACAAUGG